AUGGCGGCUCUGCCCCCGUUGAGCUGCUCCCCGCGCAUGAAGGAAGAGCUCGUGUACCCCAUCACCUGCACGGUGGCCACCAACCUGCUGGCCCCCGUCAAGACCGAACAGCAAAUCCUGGAGAACUCGAUGCUGGAGGAUGACCCGAACGCGAACUGCGCCGCCUCCGCCGUGCCCAAGGAGAAAUCGGGGCCGCGCUGGGGGCCGCAGCACAAGGGGGCCCAGGAACUGGCCAAUUUGUACAGCAAAGGUAAGCGGACUCAGGAGUGCAUCUGCGUCGGUAUCUGUUUGGCCCUAAUGGCGGUAAACUUCAUAUUUAUAGUGUAUUACGCGCGCCUGGAAAGGCUGAGCACCAUACUGGUGGCCGCGUUCUGCGGAAUCGUCACGGCCGAUUUUUGCUCGGGCUUCGUCCAUUGGGCCGCUGACACGUGGGGUUCCGUCGAAUUGCCAAUUUUAGGAAAGAAUUUUCUUCGACCAUUCCGUGAACACCAUAUCGAUCCGACGUCAAUUACCCGCCAUGAUUUCAUCGAAACCAACGGUGACAACUUCAUGGUGACCAUACCAUUCCUGGGCCGUAUGGUGUUGGAUUUCCUCACCCUAUCCAAAGAAGGCAUUCAACUGAAAUUCACCUGGAACUGCUACAUAUUUCUGCUAGCCAUAUUCGUCGCUAUGACGAACCAAAUCCACAAGUGGUCUCACACGUACUUCGAUUUACCCCGUUGGGUGGUGUUCCUGCAGGAGUAUCGGAUAAUCCUGCCGCGCCGGCAUCACAGGAUCCAUCACGUGGCUCCGCACGAAACUUACUUCUGCAUAACGACGGGCUGGCUGAACUGGCCGUUGGAGAAGCUCCGGUUCUGGAGCGCCCUGGAGCUCCUCAUCGAGACCCUGACCGGGAUCAAACCGAGAGCGGACGACAUGAAGUGGGCGCUGAAGAGAACGUGA